AUGAAUUUCUUGAACUCUCAAACCAAGCAAAAAACCCACUCAUCAUCAUCUCUCAACCACAACAAGAAGAGGCUAACCCAAGACCAAGUGAAGCUCUUGGAGGCGAGUUUCGACUCGAACAAGAAACUCGACCCGGAGCGCAAGUUCCAGCUCGCGCGGGACCUAGGGGUCCCACCGCGACAGGUUGCAAUUUGGUAUCAGAACAGGCGAGCGCGAUGGAAGAGCCAGAGCCUGGAGCUCGACUACAGUGCGCUCCAGGUGAAGCUCGAGAGCGCGUUGGCUGAGAAGAGACAUCUGGAGAGAGAGAUGGGGAAGCUGAGAGAAGAGCUGAAGAGGGCAGAAGAGAGGAUGUUGGUGGUUGGAGGGUCAUCAUCACAAGGGCAAGAAGGAGCUGCAGCCCUAGCUAGGGUUUCUUCAUUUUCUCCAUCGCCUAAUUAUAACUCAAGCUGUUGUGAUGAAGGCAUGAGCUCCAGUUUCCAUGAUGAGGAGGGGUUGCAGUUUGAGGAGCUGUAUGCUUCCCUGGUUGGUGCAGAAGAUGGGUCAAAUACAAAUUCUGGUUCGAGUUGGGCAAAUGGGAAAGAUUUUUGGGGCUAAUAACAUGCAUAAAUGAAUUUUAUUUUAUUUUAUAAAUAAAAGCUAUUAAUUGUAUGCAAUCUUUAUUGACUUCAAUUCCCCAGGGAAAGAUGGUUUUCAUUUCUUUUCAUCAAUUCAUAUGGCAGUGGCCAGUGGGAGUUAAGUUUGAAUUGCUUUUUGUUUUUUUCUCUCCUUUG